AUGAGUAAUCCCCAGGGCUUCAACCAGCCGUCUCCAACUCAAUCAGGCACUGGUACCGACGACGGGCAUUUCGGGUUGCGUCCUGAUUCAUACACAUCACAGAGACUGCGACAUUCCUCUCACAAACACCUUCAUAUCACCAGUCGGCGAACAUUUAUUGGCCCAAUACCUUACAGCUGGUUACAGUCCCACCGUAAAACGUGGUAUAAGAAAUGGUUGGGGUUGAAGAAUUACUCGUCGCGGGCGGUAACCUUCUCUGCAGACACAUCGUCAAAUCGUGCAAAGCAACGUCAAUUGACUAGCUUUCUUAGUGUUUCAAAUAGAGUUAUUCAGAGACAGAGUUUUCCUCAACCAGAAGACGUAUAUGGUGGUGACGAGCCGGUCGAAACCACGCCUGUUGCCCCUCUUGAUACAACACAAGAAGCACCGGUUCCAACCGACCAAGGCCAGGACCAUCAGGAGGGCCAGCAGAAGAAGAACCCCGCUCCGCGAAUAGAUAUUGAAAACGAGCAACGAGCGAGCUCGGAUCACAAGACUACCCCCUCAGGUCAAUCAGGUCCGAUCGUGAGGACAUCUUCAACAGAUCAUGGGAAUGUAGAGGAAUAUUUUACUCCGCAUGAAUCGUUACGGGAGACGAGUAGGUUUAAGCUUCUUUCACCCACAGACAUGCGAAGUCGGCAGUCUGAGUCAUCAAAUGCGAACCAGAUCGUUCAUCGUCGAUCUGAGCAGGUCGAUGAUCUAGUCCCCAGCCAAGCCCCCAGCCAAGCCCCCAGUCAACCAAGUGAAGAGGCUUCUUCACCCUCGACAUAUGAAGCCGCACCCCUGGAUCGAACAGACUCUACUCAAUCCUUAAUAUCCCAUAAACAGCCAACUUCAGCAAAACUAAUAUCAAGGGGGUCUUCAAGGCGUCUCCAAGCACAAUUAUCCCACAUUGAUACCGUUCCCACGGGAGUGAGAGACAUGAAUCAGCGCCCAAGCGACCACCGGAUGUUAAGUCGUAUAGCCUCGGGUAUGUUUAGAUUCCAGCAUGAUGGGACCACUGUCGACACGCGACAACCCAUGUCAUUUAGAAAAUUGCGGCCUCGAGAGAUGCUCAAAGACCGAAGUCGAAGAUUAUCACACGCCCGCGAUGGUGAAAUCAUUAGAGCCGAACGAAUGCUGGUUCGAAUUGAUGUCACAAAACUUCAUUCACUUCCCCAUGAUUUCAGUGAAAACAAUAGCAUCAAAAUAGAGACGCGAACUUUCGAAAAGUGGAGGGAGUUCCUUGUUGUGUGUCGCCGGAGAGCUGAUGAAGAGACUCCUAUCACCUUACAGCUCUACAAAACUAGAGUGAUUCCUCAGGUGCAAGUCUCCCAGGUGAAGAAGAGUUCAUCCCAUGAGAUUCCCCUCACCUUUGGAUUUACGAAACUCAACCUGUUUUCGUCCCUUGAUAAAACAAUCGUGCUUUGGCACCCUGAUGAAUACGGGACUGUGAUGUACAUCAUACGAACGAAAUCAGCGGCUCAUUCAAUGGAGUGGUACACAUUUCUUCGCACAACCCUUGGAUGGGAGCGUCCCACUCAACUGGUAGUUCAUGUCCCUGACCUUGAUAUUGCCGUUCUCAUCAAUAACCCAUUUUCUCGCUUAGAAAAUGAUCGCAGCCAUAUCGGCCAAGAUGAUGAUGAGAGAUCCUCUGCGCUUCUUAGGACUAUGGCUGAUGAACAGGAAGUUGCAGCUGGGAUAAUUAAAACCUGCAUGAAUACAUUAUCAGAGUGCCCUGAGUGGGCUUCUCUGCUCAAAGCAUGGCUGGGCUCCGAAAAAAUGGGUUUGGCUUGGCGAAGGUAUGAUAGGUUGGAGUGGGUGCAUGGAGCAAAUGAAGAACGAAUGUAUGGAACAAUUGCGAUGCAGACAUCCCAUGAGCUCGAACUACAGCCCAAGCGGCAUUACCCCACGAGCAUAAAACGCACAGGAGAAGAAACAACAGAAGAACCGUCCCCAGUUGAAGGAUUCUUAAUUUUGCUUACAUCACAGAAAGGAAGACACCAGCGGUUGGGGAAAGUGUACUCUCGACGACUCUAUUUCACCUCCCAGAAUCAAUAUCUCUGCUUCUGCCGGCCAGCGAAAGCCACUCCAGCGCCUCCACCUCGAUUACCAACUAUUAACGGGUCCAAUAUUCCAAGUGCAUCACAACUUUCCAAGGACGCUCCUAUUAUCUACACUAUCGAUCCGUAUCCCCUUGAAAAUAAAAGAAUCUCGUGGCUUUUGAGUGGGGAGCAAAUUUCUCGAGAACGGCACGAUGCCGAAGCAUACGCCGAGAGCAAAAGGAAUCUGGAAAAUCUGGAAAGAUCUGAAGGCUACUUUGAUCUUUGUCGGGUAUUGGAAGUACGGAUUGGUCAUCAAAACCAUUUUCCUGAAGAAUCACAUAUCAAUGGGGGUGAUGUUGAAUUCCACGACGAAGCGAGGGAUACUAGACAAUUAGACGGUCCAGGACAUCAGCAAUCCCAAUCUAACCGAUCGUUUGACUUGGUGAUGAGUGACGGACUUAUUGUAAACUUCCGUGCCUAUGAUAUGCAGACAAGGAAUCAAUGGGUUGAGCGACUUUCCGCUCUUGUUCGAUACUGGACUGCUCGAACUCAUGACGAUAUAGCCAUUAUGAAAUCCAUCCGUCGGCAAAACCUAAAACAACUGAAUAUAACCGAGGGCCAAGAAUCCAGGGUUGGGCAAUUUGCGCAGAGCUGGGAGGUGUCUAAAGCACAGGCAUCACCAGAGCUGUUCAACAUGUGCGGGGUGUCGGGAUGUCGAGCAGUUAAGAUGUCUGGUAACUUGUAUUGCAAAAUCCGUCGCCGCUCUGCAUUCAGAGACUGCAGCGUGAUCCUAACUGAAGGCCAAAUUCUUACUUUCCAAAGCCAUCUCCGUAAACUCUCUGGUCAAGAAAUCCCGCAUACUCAUCAAGAACGCCAAUGGGCCCUAGAUCUCCGUGACUGUUAUAUAUACAGUGGCCUAGUAACCAGCUCUGACCUCCUUUACCAAAAUCACACCAUCGACACUAAUUUACCAGGCCAACGUGCUUCGCCUCGUCUCUAUAUCACCGAUGGAUGGACUUCGUCAGACGAGGAUAUAGCCACGUGCUUCGUGGUCUGGCACAAUGCGCGGAAGACCGUUUUCCGCAGCCAGGAAUGGCAAGAGAAGGGGAAUGCCCUGGCACGGACGAAGUGGAAGCGGGUAUCUGCCUUGGGAGUCUCAGGGAGAUCUAUCGUGUUCAAGGCGAGAAGUAGGGCUGAGCGAGAUAUGUGGGUGUUAGCUAUUGAGACGGAGAUUGAUAGACUGCAGCAGCUGGAGGAUAUGCGGAUUAUUUCCAAGGACCAGUGA